CUGCCACGCGUGGUGGAGCUGCCCGACGGGCGCUGGCUGGCGCCGACGGCCACCUGGGCCGGCUGGGACGGGGAGCGUCCGGAGGGCCUCAAGACCGUGGUGCUGGAGAGCGCCGACGCCGGGCGCACGUGGCCGCGGUACGCGGUGAUGUUCGACGGCACCGCCGAGGGGGUCGAGCACUGGGAGGUGUCGGUGGUGCAGCUCGCGGACGGCCGCGUGCUGGCGGUGAGCUGGGUGUUCCACUCCGAAUCGGGCACGCACCGCCCGAACCGGUACGCGCUGAGUUCCGACGGCGGGCGCAGCUUCGCGCCGCCGGCCGAGCUGGGACUGCUGGGACAGACCUGCAAGGCGCUGGCGCUGCAGGACGGCCGGGUGCUGUUCGUCUACCGCCGCGCCGACCGGCCGGGGCUGUGGGCGGCGCUGAGCACCAUGAACGGAGGCGCCUGGCAGCACGAGGAGCACCUGCUGCUCUGGAACGGCGGACUGGCCGACUCGGGGAUGACCGGCGCCGGCGGCGCCUCGGACGAGCUCGCGGCGCUGAAGUUCGGCUUUCCGCAGAUGCUCGAGCGUGGCGGCGGCGAGGUGCUGGUCGCGUUCUGGUGCUUCGAGGACUGGUCCACCCGCAUCCGCUGGAUCAGGCUGGACGUAUCAGGCUGA